AGUCGAAUUUUGAAGAGCAACACUAGGAACACCAGCAACACACAAGAUCUAAAAGAUCUUUCGUAGCCAGACCACCAUCUUCUCAACCUCAAUCGCCCUGAAUUCGUAUUUAACCUGUAUUAUACUACAAUCAGAAUUUGAGAUUGGCCGGUACUAGGUGUCUAUGGCGUCUAAGAGUGAGAGCGUAAUCACAUAUAUAAUCUGAGCAAGCGCCUUAAUCAUACAGGUUUAACGAAAUUUUGUCUAAAACAAAAAUUGGAAACGGAGUUGUCAGUAGCAAAAGGGUUGAUUAAAGUUUCAAGACAUUUCGACGGAACACAACUCUAAGGAAUAAUCAUGAGCGAAGAACCUUACAAACUGAACUGUGUGUUGCUCGGUCAUACCCUCGAUGUUAGAGCUUUGGCAACGUUCAGAGAUGGUACUAUUGUGUCCGCUUCUAGAGAUAAAACUGCUCGUGUAUGGACUCCAGGCCCGAAUGGGAUGGAUUAUCGAGAGACUGCGAUACUGAAAGGACACAAAAAUUUCGUAAGUUCUGUAUGUGCUAUAAACCCAUCCGAGGCGUAUCCAAAAGGUCUUGUUGUAACGGGGAGCAAUGACAAUCACAUAUGCGUAUACGUGUUGGGCGAGGUCGAGCCUGUGGAGAGGUUUCAAGCACACGAGAAUACCGUGUGUAAUUUACAUUGUGGCCACGUGAACGGAACGUUUCUCUCGAGUUCAUGGGAUUUGAGCGCAAAACUUUGGCAACUCGAGGAUCUCGGCAAACCAUCGAAGACAUUCGUUGGCCACACAGCAGCUGUGUGGUGCGUAAUCGACCUUCCAAAUGGCUCUGUAGUCACUGGAUCAGCUGACAAAACAGUUAUAGUUUGGAAUAGAAAUACCUGUUCGGUUGUACACACGCUAACCGGUCAUACGGAUUGCGUGCGUGGCGCCGUGCCCAUAUCGGACGACGAAUUUUUAACGUGUGCAAACGAUGCUACAGUGAGACACUGGAACUCUAAAUCGGGUACUUGCCUCGGUGAAUUUACCGGUCACGAAAAUUACAUAUACAGUAUAGCAGCAACAGUCGGUGGUAACCUCGUAGUGACGUCGGGGGAGGAUCGCACCUUACGCGUAUGGAAAAAUGGGGUUAUCGAUGAUAUAGUCGCUGUACCAGCGCAGUCGGUAUGGUGUUGCGAAUUUCUCUCCAACGGUGACAUUGUCGCUGGAUCAUCCGACUGUGCAGUCAGAAUAUUUACCGCUAAUAAAGAAAGAUACGCACACCCCGCUGCUAUGCAAGCUUUCGAGGAAGAAGUUGCCAAAGAUCAGCUCCAAGCUAAACUGUCCGUUGGAGCAGUCAAAAUUAGAGAACUGCCAGGACCUACUGAAUUGCAAAAACCUGGUCGGGAGGACGGACAGACUAAAAUGAUAAACGAAAAUGGUAAAGCAAAAGCUUACAUGUGGUCGAUGAGCGAACGCAAAUGGACGUUGGUUGGCGACGUUAUGGGCGGUAUCGGAGGCGAUGUUCAAUCAUCGGGUAAACAGCUUUACAAUGGUGAAGAAUACGAUUACGUAUUUUCGGUAGACAUUCAGGACGGUGUACCACCUCUAAAAUUACCGUACAACGUUACCGAGGAUCCUUGGCACGCUGCACAAAAAUUCAUUCAUCGUAAUGGCCUUAGUCAAAUGUUCCUCGAUCAGGUGGCUAAUUUUAUAGUGAAAAAUUCACAAAGCGUUCCAGUAUUGAAGAGCGAUUCGCAAUUCGCUGAUCCAUUCACCGGAGCAAGUCGUUACGUACCUGGUGCAGGAACUCCGAACGCACCACGUUCUAUUUCCGAAGAGUCGACCCCGAGCACGUCUUCGAGUCAAAUGAGCACGGUUCCUUCGUACAUACCGCACGUUGAUUACCUCAAACUCGAACACGCCAACUUGCCAACAAUUUUAGAAAAACUCAAGGAAUUAAACAAAAAAAUAGAAAAAAGUGGAAUGACGGACGAACAGUUGGAGUCUGUAGUGAGGUUGGCGAGCAGCGAAUGUGACAUUGAAACCACAAAUAGUGCUGUUGAAAUAUUAAAACAACUCCUUCAGUGGCCCCCUCAAGUGGCAUUCCCAUCGCUGGACGUAGCUCGUUUGGCAGUUCUACGCAAAACGGUUAACAAGAUUCUAUGUACUGAAGAAAUGUGGCAACUAGUAGAACCUCAUUUGAAAAGCGACGCUGUACCCGCCAAUCAAAUGCUUACCUUCCGACUGUUGGCAAAUAUGUUUGUCCACGAGAUCGGGGAGAGACUCGGUUUAUUGUAUAAAGACCAAGUGCUCAACGCUCUUGUCGAUUUGAAAUCUCUCGGCAGUAAGAAUAAUCAGGUUGCAUUAUCGACAUACCUUCUGAAUCUUAUAAUCGCUGUGAACAAAAGAAAUGACUCGGCGGCUCGUACAAGAACGUUGUACGUUUUGAUCGACGUUUUACCCCGUUUAAGUGAGCCGGAAGCCGUAUUUCGUGCUCUCGUCGGCCUCGGAACUUUACUAGUGACUGCACAAGAUACGAAUGACCGUAAAAAGCUUAUCCGAAGUGUUCGAGAGUCUGAAGAAGCUCUGGCGCUCUUACGAAUGUCUUCGGAGAGCGCACCUGACAUUAAUGCCCAAAACAAAGUUGCUAAUUGUUCGAAACAGAUCAUUGAUCUGAUCAUCUAACCGCGUCCCGGUUACCAACCAUUUUUUUUCACCCUCGGUAUGUGCAUUUCGAUACUGACAGAAGAAAGAAACCGCAAAUACGAUUUUUCGAAAAAUGGACAGAAACCACUGAGAAAAAGGCAAAGUGAGUUGUUUACCUCGCAAAAGGAAUAAGAAAACAUUAAAGAGAAUCGAUACAGCUUUAUACAAUCUUGUACGGAAAAUUGAGAAAAUACAAUAAUAUUAAAUAUUA